AAAUCAUAAUGAGUAAAUAACGUUAAAACCGAACAUAGAGGGAACAUCAUAAAUCUCUGUGUUCAAUUCGAAGAUGCUUAUAUUCGGUUCGUUACCAUGGACUCCACAAAAUAGAGUUUUAAUGCUAUCUAUAACAAUAUGGAGAGUCUUCAAAAACCUCAGAUAAUUUGUCAUAACGUUAAAAGUCUCGAUUAUGCUGUGCACGAUGUCAAAUGGAUACCUUGUUCCGCGAAAUUCGUUUCAAUCGGGGGAAAAUCAAAUGGAGCUGGAAUUGUGGAAAUUUUUAGUCUAGGAUCUGAUGGAAUUGAAAAAGUCACAGAAUUCAUGAAGAAAGAUCACUUCAAAUGCGGUACUUUUGAUGCUUCUAAUUUGAGGAAUCGUCAUUUAGCAACAGGAGAUUUCGGAGGACGUCUGCAAGUUUGGGAUUUAGAAGAUACAUUACUACCGGUUUAUCAAACCACAAAACACAAAACGGUUAUUAAUGCCAUUGACGGAGUAGCAGGAACAAGUAUUAAUUGUGGUGCCCCCGAAAUAGCAACAGGUUCUAGAGAUGGAAUUGUUAUGGUAUGGGAUGUGAGACAGAAAGAUGAACCAGUUGCAAAAUUUACACCAACUGAAGGCACUGUAGGAAGAGAUUGCUGGACAGUAGCUUUUGGAAAUUCCUAUAACAACGAGGAUAGAGUAUUGGCUGCUGGAUAUGACAAUGGAGAUAUCAAGAUAUUCGAUCUGAGAAAUAUGAAGCUCAGGUGGUCGAAGCACUUGAAAAAUGGCGUGGUUGGAAUACAAUUUGAUCGAAAAGACAUUAAGAUGAACAAACUUGUUGCAACAACUCUAGAAUCUAAAAUAUAUUGUUUCGAUGUAUCAACACAUCACCCGAAGAAAGGUUAUGCCUUUAUUACAGAAAAGGCACACAAUUCAACCAUUUGGUCUGCGAAACAUCUUCCCCAAAACAGAGAAAUAUUUAUGACAACUGGAGGGAAUGGAACAUUAUGUCUGUGGAAAUAUAAUUACCCAGAUCGAAGAGUGGAAAGAGACUCUGAUGGAAUUGAGUAUGCAGUACCAGGAGAACUAUCACUGUUACAAAACUGUGUUUUAACCGAACAGCCUAUCACUGGUUUCGAUUGGUGCAAAGAAAAAUUAGGAUUAUCUGUUUGUUCAGCGUAUGACCAAUCAGUCAAGGUGUUGAUUACAACUAAAUUAAACCUCUAUUGAUUACAGAGGGAUAUUUCUUUCUGUUGAAAUUCUUAUUUAUUAUUACUGGAUUUCUCAGCAUAAAUCAAAAUAACAUUUAUUUUUAAUAAAUAUGAGAAAAAUA